CCAGCAUGAUUGUGUGGCUUGGCUGUGCUUUGCUUCUAGUCUCAGUGCUAUUCCUCAUCUCUUUCUGGAGAAUGGGAUUCAGGAGCCAUGGAGAUGUAAAGUACCCCAAGAGCUUACCGUCAUUGCCUGUCAUCGGGAGUUUACUCCACCUUGGAAAUCAUCUGCCUCCACACCUUCUCUUCUGUAACCUGCAGAAGAAGUAUGGCAGCCUAUACUCUUUUAAGAUGGGUUCCCACUAUGUAGUUGUAGUGAAUAACCAUGAGGAUGCCAGAGAGGUCUUGCUGAAGAAGGGAAAAGCAUUUGCUGGGAGACCCCGCACAGUGACAACCGAUAUUUUGACAAGAGAUGGCAAGGACAUUGCAUUUGCAGACUAUAGUCCCAGCUGGAAGUUUCAUCGUAAAAUGGUUCAUUCAGCGCUGUGUAUGUUCGGUGAAGGAACCGUUGCUAUUGAGCACAUCAUUUCCCGUGAAGCUUCCUCGUUGUGUCAGACGCUCGCCUCCUUCCAGACAAUCCCUUUGGACAUGGCUCCAGAGCUCAUCCGAGCUGUCACUAAUGUGGUCUGCUCCUUGUGCUUCAAAACCAGAUACAAGAGAGGAGAUGCAGAGUUUGAGACCAUGCUGAAGUACAGUAAAGGCAUAGUGGACACAGUGGCCAAAGACAGCUUGGUGGACAUAUUUCCUUGCCUUCAGAUAUUUCCAAACAAGGAUCUAGACAUCUUGAGGCAGUCAGUGGCAGCUCGAGAUCAACUUCUCUAUAAGAAACUAAAAGAACAUAAGGAUGCGUUUUCUGGGGAAACUGUCAAUGACUUGAUGGAUGCUCUUCUCAAAGCCAAAUUAAGCAUGGAAAACAACAAUAGCAACAUACCACAAGAUGUGGGGCUGACGGAGGAUCACAUCCUCAUGACUGUAGGGGAUAUAUUUGGAGCAGGAGUGGAGACCACAUCUACAGUUUUGAAAUGGGCUGUUGCAUAUUUACUACACUAUCCAGAGGUCCAGAAGAAAAUCCAGGAAGAGCUGGAUGCAAAGGUCGGGUUUGAAAGAUAUCCACUCCUCAGUGACAGGAAAAUCCUUCACUAUACAGAGGCUGCCAUCUCUGAAGUACUGCGAAUUCGUCCUGUAUCACCAUUGCUUCUUCCGCAUGUGGCUUUAAAAGAUUCCAGUAUUGGAGAAUACACCAUUCCUAAGGAAGCCCGUGUGGUUAUUAACCUCUGGUCUCUACACCAUGAUGAGAAGGAAUGGGUGAAUCCAAACCUCUUCAAUCCAGAUCGAUUCUUGGAUAAAGAUGGAAACCGUCUCUACUCCCCAAAUCAGAGCUUUCUACCCUUUGGAGCAGGGAUACGUGUGUGUCUCGGAGAAGCCCUGGCCAAAAUGGAGAUCUUUCUGUUUCUGUCCUGGAUCCUCCAGAGGUUCACACUGGAGGUACCAGAAGGGGACCCACUGCCAGACCUGGAAGGGAAGUUUGGUGUUGUUCUUCAGGUGAAACCGUUUAGAGUUAUUGCUAAAAUGAGAGAAGUGUGGAAGAACAUAGAAAUCACUACAUAAUUACGAUGCCGUGCCACAUUUCAUUUCACCUUUAACUGAACAGAAAAAGGUACAACCCCAUAGUGAUGUUGGCUUGAUGGCA